AUGAAGAAACAAGAAGGCAAGAAGCGUAGAGAGGUCUUGAGGCCAAGCCCGAACGAGGAGGUUAACUUUUAUGCGUUUAUUUAAGCUUAUUUUCAUAACUGUGGUGAUAUUUAAGCUUAAGCUUAAUCUGUUAAGUUGAUUAAGCAUNAAAUAUUUUACAUGCGUUACGUCAUUCAGGUUCAAAAUCAAUUUCACGUUACAAAGGGGUAAGUUGUUUUGGUACAUUAUGUUUGAUGUUUAUGUUGUGAAAUUCGCCCGUCGAUUAGCUUAGAUUAAUGUUUAGAUUAGAAUGAAUGAUCAAAUCGCUGUUUAUAUGAAUCAGUUGCAGUUACCGUUUUUUGUUUUGUCAGGUCCCAUCCAAAGAAGCUAAGGACUCUAUAAAUGAAGAAACAAGAACGCAAGAAGCGUAGAGAGGUCUUGAGGCCAAGCCCGAACGAGGAGGUUAACUUUUAUGCGUUUAUUUAAGCUUAUUUUCAUAACUGUGGUGAUAUUUAAGCUUAAGCUUAAUCUGUUAAGUUGAUUAAGCAUUGCCUAGCUUGUGUCGUAGACGUAAUCUAUUAAAUCUCGGACUAUGGACUUAACCAGAAGUUUUUAUAGUUUUGUCUAUUCAUACCAUUUAUAUUAACCCAAUACCACAGAUUGAUCUGUGGCAUUGGGCUAAUAUAAUGAGCAAUUAAUGAAUGAGGCUGAGUAGGAUAUGAAGAAUUAAGCAGAUUGAGGAGGGUGUUAUCCACCGAGGGUGAAGGCCAAGGUGGAUAACACCCUCUGAGAUCUUCAUAUCCUCUUCAUAUCCUACGAAAGCCGAAUUCAUUGAUUGCUUUAUUAUUCAUUCAAAAUAAUUCCUAGUUUAAAAGCAUAGGUAAAACAUACUUACCUGCAUCGAUGUUAAGUUUAUCUUUGAUAGUAUAUGUUUAGGUUUGUCCAGCUCCACAAAUAUUCACAGGAAAAAAUAACCGAUUCCCAGUUUUGGAUAUUUUAGGGUAUUUAAAGAAUACCCACAAAAAUCCCAAAUUUGGAAGAGUCAGACAAGUCCCAAUCAGGGAACUUGGUUGGGAAUUCCCGGGUUGGGAUUUGUCUCACUUUGCCAAAUUUGGGAUUUUUAUGGGUAUUCUUUAUAUACCCUAAAAUAUCCAAAAAUGGGAAUCUGUUAUUUUUUCCUGUGAUUCUCCAAAUAGCAGAUGUCACCCUCCCAGUUGUCGUCUUGCUGUUUUUGCCAUGUUUUUAGCCAUUAUUUCGCCUAGUUCCGGCUGUAGUUCUUACUCUUGAAACAAGUGAACUGUCUGCUAUUUUAGUUUUCACAACAAAGACAACUCAACCUCGUCUCCAGGUCUUCUUGGUUAAUGGUGCAUUAACCUGUAGAGGGCUGCAUUUUUGACUUCAUUUCCUCAUUAAACACAAAAUUCUUCCAAAUUUUGUCGUCAGUAACUGGUUAUGGUGAAUUAUGCGUGUGCUUUUAGCCAAUCAGAAUUGGGGAAACAUUUUGAAUGAAUAAUAAGUGGUAUUGAUUAAUAUCCGUACACCUUGGUCAAGGACUUACCGCCUUUCCUUCUUACCCUUGAAGAAUUCCACAAAAUAAUUGUAUUCACCUCUGAAGACUUAUAAAAUAUGGGUCUUCCACAGAAGAAUAUGUGUUUACCCCUGAAGAAUUUUGAAAAAGUUGAUUUUUUCCUCGUUCACUGCUGAAGAUUUUGUUAAAAAUCAAAGCUUCACCCCUAAAGAACUCCAUAUUUUUAUUGCUCUACCACUAAAGAAAACCCAAUUUUUAUAACUUACCCCUCAAGAAUGCCAUUGGUCCACAACCAGGGGGAUGCGGGUAUUAAAUGCAAUAGCUCAUUGUCAUUUCAUUUUCUACUUGUUAUUAAGAGAUUAUAAUGAAAGAGAUUUUAUCUUAACAUCUUUGUUACAUCGGUCAUACAUUAUACUCGAUUUAUGGGUGAUUAAAGUUACUUUUUUGAACUUUUUUUUUAAAGGUGAAGUUACUAACUUUUUUCUUUCAUGGAUUUGUAGGCUACUAUACUUCAAAGCGACAAAGAGAAACGCAAGAAGCUUCGUCUUAAACAGGUGAAUCCAAAAGAAUAUUAAGCUCCAUCUGUGAAAUAUCUGUUACAGGUCAAAUUGAUUUCAGGUUAAUUUUGAUUUAACCUAGGUUGAUUUUGUUAACCUAGGUUAUUUAUUAAGUACUGUUAUAUAGUUAUGCAGUAAGCCAUAUUUAUGGCAAUGAUUGGGAGUCAAUAAAAUGUGUUUUGUGAUCAGCUUUUUGCAAUGAGGCAUCUGCUGUGCACCAGAGAUGGAAUUCCUGGGGGUCUUAUAUAGAGAGGCUCUGCCCCCCAGUCCAAUGCCUUACCAUUUUAUAUAUGGUCAGCUUUUGAGAGAAAAGUCCCCCUUUCGUAUAACCUUUUAAUAAACCUUCCACACACCUAUAGUAGUUAGGAAUUUUGCAUUUUUGUUUAACUGCUGUGAAAACACUGUUUUCAAAACAUGAAUAAACCACAAAACCAAAAAUUUUUCAUGACUUUUUUUGCAGCCAUAAAAAGAUCUGCAGUUAGCCUUUUUCAGGGCCUUUCUACAGACCAAAUCGGCUACUCCAAGUUUGAAAAUGAGUCAUACAUUGUAAAACUAUAAAUUAAUAGUGGUGGAUAUAUACUGAGACCCGAAGUGUCAAGAGGUAUAUAUCUAGUGCUGUUCACCGAUCCUGAGGGGGUAGUUGUUUUGGUAUAUUUUACCAAAUCAGUUGGAUUAAAAUAAAAAAAGGUAACUAUUUGUAAAUUAAAAAUGUCACUUAAUAGGAACUUACUUUGUUUACAAUUAUUACUAACAUUUUAGGUUAGUAUCAAGUGCAUUUUUACGAUUUUGUUGCAAAUUCAGCAUGAAAAUAAUCUUCUACCUACCAUUAAACACUGACAGGCCAAAGUUCGUCGCUUUCUUGGUAUUUGUUUGUAUGACUUUUUCGUUAAUCACUCAAAUUUCGUCUAUCAAAAAUGUCUCAAAACGAGACGCCAUCUUGGCUCCGGUCACAAAACAGUGAAUAGCCAAGGAUAUUCUGAGUUCUGAGAGCCAAUCAAAAUGUGCACUGAUUUGUGCACUAUUCACUGAUUUGGUAAAUACUAAAACAAAAUAUGGGAGGAUUUGUAGGUUAAAUGACCUGCUACUUUCCUUGAGAGACCAUCUACUUAAACCCCAAUGACAGCCCUGUGUUAUUCUACAUGUGAGACUGGAAAGGUUUCGAUAUGAGAUGGGAGCUCUUUUAUCAACAGAGUAGAGUUACACCUACCAGUAUUGUACCAUUAUAUAUUUUAGAUUUAAGCAAUAGAAAACGUUUUCGGUGUUUGCAUAGCCUCAUAUAAACACAAGAGGGUGUUGGGAAAGAAAUUGAGAAUUUUCCCAACCCUUCGAGUGUUUAUAUCAGGCUAAUGCUAUGCAUACACAAUAAAAAAGUUUUCUAUUGCUUUUAUGAAAUACCUUUCCAGAGAAAAGAAAGCAAAACUCUGUUAAAAGAGAAAUUCUUACCAACCAGGUUGAAGUGUUGUACAUGCAAUUUUGUUCACAUAAUCCGUUCUUGCUUUGCAAAAAAGGUGCUUUCCAAAAUACAGAUUUUUGUGGCUUAAAAUGUUAACAUAAGCCAAAAAAUUGACACAGCAUGUUUGUAAAGAUUUUCCAAGUCUCAACCAACAAAAAAAAUUGGUAUAAAAGUAAACUUUUAGAUUUUUCAGCUCAAUAUCUUUUUAAAAUUUUUGUUUACAUGAUUAGCUAGCACAAAGGACUAAACAUCUUGAUGUCAACUGUGCUUACAUACUCUUAUGCAAACACUCCUCUUGGCCAAUCAGAGUGUAGCACUCUCUUAGUUAUUUUGUAAAUAAAGAUAACUUCUCCAUUGAAAUAUAUGUUCAUAUGUAGGUCAGAGAGCAGGAGAAAGCUUUUUCUCGAAAGUUGCUGGAAGAUGUGAGGAAAAGAAAAACUGUUGAAACAAAACACCUUGCUUCCCACCUCAAGGUAUUUUUUUUAUCCAUAUUUGUGUUUGUAGCAAAUAUUUAUUAUUAUAUUGCAUUAUUGACCUAGUGUGAGACCAAGACGGCAGGAUAUUGGCCAACUACUUUUUUUUUGUAAGAAAGAAUGAGGCCAAUAUACAGCCAUCUUAACUGAGCAUGCUUAUGGUCAAUAAGGGAUUUGUUAUAUGGCCAAAAAGAGAACUUUUAAUUACAGGACUAACACAGGAAAUUCUGACUGGGCAAGAUGAGCCCAUCUUGCCCACUCAGUCUCAGGUAGCCAAUCUAUCAUAAUGCAGGAUUUACUUCAUCUUGCAGGGCUCCACGUUGCGACUGAUAUUAACACCAAUGCGACUAACAUUUUCUCCUUGGUGACUAAACAUUCUGGUUUAGUUGCCACUUUGGCGACCAGAUUUCUCUGUGUUUUAGAUUUAAAUUAAAAGAGUAAAGUUAAAACAAACAUUUCAUCUUAUCUUGCUUUGCUUUUGUCAUAAAAAAUGUGCUUAAUUGCUUUAUAAACAAAGCUAGUUUAACUCAAAAUUCAUACCGACUUCUGUCUGUGAUAUUUUUAAACAAUCAAAUCUGAUGGAUCGGCCAUACUGUGUGCUGCGUCAUUUACAUUGUACAAAGUGGCGACUAAAAAUUUGCAUCUGGGGACUAUAUUUCUCCAGUUGGUAGCCAAAAGGUGACCUGAGGAUUUUUCUUAAUUUUGAGCCCUGUCUUGCCUGCUGAUGGAUUCAGCUACACUGUAUAUAGUAAUGAUUGUUAUUGGUGUGUAUUUUUAUUACUGCAUUUUACUCGUGGAUCUAUAGGCUGCAUCUGCAUUGUAGUAUGCAUUGUAGCAUCUGUCUUGCCUGCUGAUGGAUUCAGCUACACUGUAUAUAGUAACGAUUGUUAUUUGUCUGCAUUGUAGGUUGUAUCCCAAACUUUCAAAUUGUUUUGGUGGAACAAAAUGAUUAGUGAACCAGGGUUGUCAUCAAGAGUCGGGGGCCGGGGAUUUUCCGCGGCCACUAGGAGAGUGGCCCCUGGCUACUUUUAUUGGAAAAUAGAAGAAAAAUAGAACCAAAAGAAAUCCCUAGCCGUUUGAUUCCCCGCCUACUUGUUGUAUUUACCUGGCAACUUGAAAUCUUACUGACAACCCUGGUAAACUGAAAUCAGUGGUUGAGUAGUUCCUCAUAAUGAAAUCCAAAACUUCCAGCUUCUGAAACUAUAUUAAGAGGAAUAGGUACAAAUUUUUGGAUCGUUUUGGUGGACAAGGAUUAGUUAAUAGUGAUUGCAGUGACUUUGUUACAAAUAGUUAUGGUGAGUCCUGGGAAUGUUAAAAUAUUUACUUAAUUAUUGUUUGGAAUGUUGUGUAAAGCACCUAGAGCAGGACCAGAUAGGUGCUAUCAAAUUUUAAUUAUUAUAAUUAUUUAUUAUUUUUUGCUGAUUGCUCGUUAUCAUUAUCUCUCUAUUUGAUUUCUGCAGAGCCAAUGGGAGAAUGGGCAAAAUUUGAAACGGUCACUGCUUGAAAGAAAAUAUCAAGAAAACCUUGCUGAAAUUGGAUUAGCCCAUCAAACAGCCUCUGAGGUAAACAUUUAUCAUAAAAAGUCAUUGCAGCUUUUAUUGCUUCUGCAUGCCUAGGAGUAUUGCUACUUCCCCCUGAACGGGAUGCUAGUCCAUUGCAGGGUUACCCCCAGCAGUAUGUCACCGAUACCCAUUUAUACACUUAGGUGAAGAGAGACAAAGUGGAGUAGGGUUCCUUGUCUAAGGGAACAACAUGACGGGCAAGGCUUGAACCCUGGACCUCCAGAUCCAGAGUUCAAGGUGUCGACCACUCGGCCACACACGCUUCCGAGAACUAUAGAGACAAGGCUUAAAACAAUCACAGUGUAUGAAAACAAAUUUUACCCUCAUGGAAUAUUACACAUUUUCGUUUGGUUUAAACUCAAAUUGCUGGUUAUUAGCUACUGUACCUGCCUGGGUAAGAUAUGUCUUUUUCUGAAAGGAAAGUUAUACAAAUUGUUUUUGUUGUGAAAUUUGCCUUUCCUGUGUGUAUAAUAAUAAUACAAUAAUAUAUUUUUUACAGGACCAAACUAGUUAUACCAAACCAGAGUUAAGUGAAGAAGAGAAACAUAGGUAAACUUAGAGGAAUGAAAACUUUGUUUUAUAACUUUAACCCUAAACUUAUCGAAUUUUAAAUUUUGUUUGUAUUUAAGUGCAGCUAAAGAUGGUGCCUGCAAUUGCUAGCAUUAUCUUUCAUCUGAGAUUUUUACUGGCAUGCUCCAACAGCUUAGUAACCAGUCUGUAGAUAGGGACUUUUGGGAAUUUACAUUUUCUCUUUUUCAGUUUUGAGGUCAAAUAUUUUGUUUGCAGUGCUUUAUGUACAUUGUUCUUGUUCAUGAAUUCUGCUCCCCACCCAGCCCUCCCUUUAUGGAGUGUAAUUCUAUGUUACGGGUCAAAUUUUCAGAUUAAGAUUUUUGGCUGGAUUGUAGAAUACCCAGCCCAUUAAAAAAAAUAUUUUAUUUUUUUUUAAACCUAGGUUGAUUUUCAAUUUCCUUUGUCUCUUGUAGCUCUAGUUAUUCAUGAAUUAGGGCUAGCAGGCAAAGGAAAUUGGGAAUCAACCUGGUUAAAAAAUUUUAACCUGAAUUUAAUUUUUAUGUGUAACAUAAAGUAGGUAUGCUGGAUCCUUAUACCUUUCUGGUAAACUGCCCACCUACCCCUCCCCUAAGCCAACAUCAACACUUACUUCUCACUUAGGGCAAAAUGUGGGCUUAGGGGAGUGGUAGGAAGGCAGUUUCCCAGAAACAUAUAAUGAUCUGGUAUGCGGAUCAUUAUCCCUUUCUUGGGAAACUGCCCACCUACCCCUCCCCAAAGCCAACAUCAACACUUACUUCUCACUUAGGGCAAAAUGUGGGCUUAGGGGAGGGGUGGGAAGGAUGCUUAGGUUCCAUUGGCUGCUAGCCACGUGACAGUGGAUUGCCACUUAAGUGAACAUUAUUUGCACGAUUAUGCUCUGCAAUUCUUUGCACUUCUUGGUUCCACCAGUAUCUCUGGCACCUUCUCCCAUGCUUAUAUCUUUGUUGACAAGUUUACCUAGCGUCUAAAAUAGACCAUCUGUUGGCAAUCUUUUUCAGAGCAUCAGAAAGAUACAAGAAAGCACUGGAACAGGUACUGAUUAGUGUGUUCGUAAUAGGGGGAGAUUAUUUCAGUCAAACACGACCUUAUCCUUUUUUGUCGGAAAUUUAGCUGCUCCCGUUAUUCAAUCUUAGGAUGUAGGCAGUGAUUUUGCUAUAAAUAGUUAUCGUGAGUUCUGGGACCCAUCUUGUGAAUAAUCAUUAGUCACUGUCCAUAACCAAUGAGUCCCAAUUAAAAAAAGCAAGGAGUUCUAAAUUAAAAAUGCUUGGGUCUUUAUGUAACCAGACUGUUACUGGUAAUCUUCAGUCAGAUGCAAAAACUCUUUAUUUAUAUUACGGUUUAUUGAAAUUAAAAUGUAGUCCUUCUAUAUAUUUAAAGCACAAAAAGGACUAAAAUAAAUAUGCAUCUUUAAAAAACAGCCACAGAAAUCACACAAACAGGAUUACUGCCAAUAAAUCUUCAAAUCGAUCGAUCGUUCUUUGCAUCCUACAGGACGCAUGCCAUGAAUUAUUUUGCGUCUUUGUGAAUUUUUAUGCGUCGGGAUCUGGGACACAGGAUGCAUCAAGCAAAAUCCAAGGCUGUGCUCUAGCAGAGCCCGGUGGCCCCUGCUUUUACUCCUGGGUGACUAGAAAAUCAUAGAUUUUUCAUACAAAUCAUAUGUUGGGCUCCCUGGGCUUCACAGGUUUAGGGCACUGGGCUCCCUUCAAUUUUUCUUAGAGCACAGCCUUGAAAUCACUGUGCGAGUAAUAGGGAGUUGUCCUUUAGGAGAGAGCUGACUGCGUUUACAAGGAACUUAAAUUGGCAGAGCUAUCAUUAAGUGCCAGUGACAGGGGAAUUUCUCACCUAUGCUUCUUAAAAAAUGAAAGAAAAAUAGAACCAAAAGAAUUCCCCAGCUGCUUGAUUCAAGACUUUUAGAAAAAAAAAAAUUACAUUUAGUUUCUUUUAUGGUUUAGCUUAUGUAUGACAGGGCCGAGAGCACACAGUCAGAGAGAGAACGUGCUGAAGCCAGGUAAUUUUAAUUACUAAGAACUAACAACCACAUUUUCAGAAUAUUAUUGUUUUUAGAUAUUCAGUGAAAUAUCCCAGUUUUUUUAGACAUCCACGUUUAAAAAUAGCUAGGUGAACUAGUAACUAGCAACUUCACACUGUGCCAGACUUGUUGCAUGAACAUUAAUUUUGUUGUGAAUCUUUUUUAAUUCGAGGGGGAAAGUAGGUUUCUUCAGCUUGUACUGUCAUUUGAUAAGUAGCUCUCUUGUUUUUCUAUUCGAUGUGUGGGCAUUCACUUGAAUGGAAGCUCAAAUUCUAAAUCUUUUCUAAUCUUAUUCUGAUUAUUAAAACAGACAGAAGUUAUUUGGAAUAGUGCUGUGGGGAUUUUUACAUGGAUUUGUAAUGUUUUUUUAAUGUAGACAACAAGCCUUGGAGACAGAGCGCUCACGUGCAGCUAAAAUUGCUGCCCUUCCACCACCUAAGGACCCUAUUGCGGUAAGAAUCCUCUUUUGAUUGCUGGGUGUAACCCUUUAAUCCCCAGUAUUCACAUACAAAUUCUCCAUACUCAUUUCCAUACCAGGGUUGUCAGAAAGUUUUGAAGUAGACGGCUGAGUUGUCAAAGUAAGCGGCCAGUCCAGGGAUAUUCUAUUUGAAAAACACCAUGCGUAAAGAAAUGCCAAGCACAGUAGCCGGCCGUCACUAACCAAGUAGGUGACAAUUUUCGCCGACAGCCAGCUACUUUUGACAACCCUGUAUACAUUUCGUUGAAAAACUAUUUGAGAUAAUUUUUUUUUAGAUUGAAACAUUUUCACUCAGGUGAUCAUUUUAUAAAUUCUCAUAACUUUUUUCAUGAUAAUGUAUUAAUAUUGUUAAGGGAAAAUUGAUGUUGGUCAGUCUUGAAACUGAAAGAGUUACUUGCAUAUGCAGGAGUUAUAUGUGUGACUGAAGGUGUUAGGGUUAAGGAUAGAAAGUUACAGGAACUUUAGUCACAUUUGAACACGUGCACAGGCAUCCCAAACUCAAUUUGUGAGCGCAUCAAGACAAGUAAUGGCAAAAAAUUUUAAAAAAUAUCCAGUAUUAAAAAAGUUACUAAAUGCCAUUAUAAGGAUGACAAAAUAAUAUUUCAGUGGCUCUGCUUCAUCUUUUUAUCAAUUUAAUAAUAUUUUGCUCAUUUUAUUUCUCUUUAAAGGACCUCUAUCUGAGGAAAGGUACUGUUCAAACUUUAAUGUGCUAUGUACUGUAAUAUGUACUCUUUUGACUGAUGUUUGUAGUAAAAGUUUCUUUUUAAACAUAAGAAAUUUAGUCUACUAGUAACUGUUAAUAUUGAUAGUGAUUGAUUACUCUGACAUAUGGUUUUGUGCUUAAGUAGGCCAGAAGACUUGUGAGCAGAAUGUCGACAGCUUCAGUACCACACGGUUCCAUUUGCAUCCCUCUGUGCAUGUGGAGCGGGAUUUGGAUCCAAAUCAGGUAACUUCAAUAAGGGUCUAUAAUUGGUUUUUUGAGAUCCAGGGAUUUGAUGACUGGAAUUUGAGAUUAUGGAGAGAAAGAGGAGAAUGUUGGUAGUGUUUAUGAAUGGUGUACUUAGCAAUGUCGCAAUUUUUUGAUCCAUGAAAUUGAGAAUGUCAAAAGAAGCAAAAGCCAUGAGAAAAGUGGCCUGCAAUAUUCUUAAGAUAAUGCCACUCAGUAGUAGUAAAAAAGCUGGUAUUUUAAUCUGACUUGUAGCUUUUGAAAGCCUGGUUUUAAUAGCCAAGUUUUGGCAAGUUUGCUUGACAAUGUUUAUUUUUUUUAUUGUAAUGUCAAGUUGAUUUAAUUCAUAGUCAUAAUAUACACUGUAGUAAAUGGGAUUGAUGUGAUUGCAAAUGCUUACCUGUACAUGCAGUUUAAUAUUAUUAAUGAGCAAGGGAUGGCGUAGUAGUGAGAGCGCUCGCCUCCCAUCAGUGUGGCCCAGGUUCAAAUCCCCGCAUCGAUGCCAUAUGUGGGUUGAGUUUGUUGUUGGUUCUCUCCUUUGCUCUGAGAGGUUUUUCUCUGGGGACUCCAGUUUUCCCUUCUCCUCAAAAACCAACAUUUUGAAAUUCCAAUUAGAUCAGGAAUCGGGUAGAUGAAGAACGACUUUGUGGAUGUGCUACCUCCAAAUUAUUAUUAUUAUUAUUAAUUUUAUUGCAGAAAGAUGCUGGGCAAGUUGCUUUAGAUGAGGAAGAAAGGUUACGAAUGCUUUUAGAGGUUUGUGCUUCUCUUUUAUUCAGAAAUCCUUUAUGGCAAGUUAAAAAUUCUUUAGAACCAUGGUGAUUUUUUAUUCAGGUUUAUUCUAAUUGGGACAGCACCGUAGAGCUUGAUAGCUAAAUAGGGUACUGCUACUUGACAUGAAAAUUUAAGGGAUUGUGGUGUAUUUCUGGCUUUUUUCUUGGAAAUCCCACUAAUCACUGGACCUGGAAAGCUGCAUGUAAAUGUGUUUACCCUCAACAUUAAAGUCAUAAUAAAUUAUAUUCUUGUAUUAUUUAUAAUAAUUAGUAAGACCAAAACAUUAACAACUAACAAAAUGAAGAAGAUUAAUUUGUGAGCUAAGACCUGCACUACAAUUUCUCAGAUUUGAUUCUAAAAUAAUUUUAUGGCUUUGGGCUUGUAAAGUUUCUGAGACUUAAAUGGCCUCUGGCCCUAGUUUUCUGAGGCCAUUCCAAGCUAAGAUUUAUCACAAGACGUAGUAUAAAUGCAUUUCACAAAAUAAAUGCGGGGAGGAGACCAAACGGAUGUCAUUGUUAUGGACUUUAGCAAGGCAUUUGACAGGGUUCCACACAAUGGCUUGCUAUACAAAUUGUUUAAGUGUGGCGUUGAUGACAUUACAUUGCAGUGGUAGAAAGUUUUCUUGAGAAAAGAAGACAAAGUGUAGUUCAAGAAGGAGAGCAUUCGCAUUCAGUUCCAGUAACAUCAGGUGUACCCCAAGGAUUAAUGCUGGAGCCAUUAAUGUUUCUUAUUUUUAUUAAUGAUCUCCCAUCCUAUGUUAAGUCAAGGUUCUGUCUUUUUGCUGAUGACACUGUCAUUUACCUUACAAUUAAAUCUGAGAGCGAUUGCCGACAGUUAUAAGAUGAUCUUCUUGAAGGUUGGAAAAAUGGGAAUCUGACUGGUGUAUGGAAUUUAAUCCAAGCAAGUGCAACAUUGUACGAGUAACACGAAGACAUACACCUUUCAAAUUUCAGUACAAACUUCAUGGCAAGGUCCUAGAAACUGUUGAUACUACUAAAUAUUUAGGGAUCAGCCUCUCGCAUGAUUUACACCAGAAUAAUCAUGUAAAUGACAUUACCACCAGAGCAAACAAGACUCUGAACUUUCUACGUUGCAAUCUCUACACUUGUUCAGCCAAAUCCAAAGAACGAGCAUACAAAGCCCUUGUGAGACUGAUUGUUGAAUACAGUGCCAAACCGCAUAUGUAUUUCGAAGGUGUUCCAAUGAUAAUAAUUAUCAUUAGGACAGCUUUGGGUUAGUUCAAAGGGGACAGACGGAAAUUGUCGUUGCUUGAAAUGUCUAAUAUUUAUCGUAAAUGUUCAUGAGUAGGGUGCCGAAAAUGUGUACAAUUCCGCAAUUGGUUUCGACUCCAUUUAAAUCCUAUACCAAUUGAACAUUUAAGAAGGAGCCACCCACAAUGUGAGCACCAAUAACACAAAUACCUUCUAGGAUUUAUUUCUUGUUUACUCUGAAAAAUACUAAAAAUAAUAGUUAUUGUACAUGUGUUUACAAUUUCCUUGAGGAUCUUACCAAAAUGAACAGAACUUUUGUAAUUUUAGAUAGAAUUUCAGCUCAAUUCUAUUGACUGUUUGCAGGAUGCUCAACGAAAUAAAGUGGAACAAACUGAGAAGGCUCGACUGCGACACAAACAUGCAUUGGAAAUGUUACAACUGGAGGAAGUAAGAAUUUUAUUAGUGUUUGGCAUUUUUUGCUAGUAGGGCAGCGUGCAAAGAAAGUAGUGUCUGAUAACUUGCCUGGACCAGUGGAUUUUGCUAUCGGGUUUGUGAAUUCUGUUCUUAACUUGCCCGACUGAAGGGCAACUGUGAAUUUUUUUGAGGAAUUCAAAUUACAUAAAAACUUUGUAAUCAAUCCUGCUCAUCAAAAAGCUUUGGGGCUAGUUGAAAUGGAUUUUGGGCUAGUUUAUGCUUGCUAUAGUUUGCCUGAAUGGCAUUAGCUGUAAAACUGAUUUUCUUCGCACCCUGGAAGGAUACUUAUUAUAUUCUACAACAGUGUGCAUUAAGUCUGCUUUUUGUAGUUCACCCUUUUUAUGUGGCUGGUUACCCUGUUGUCCAUCUUUGUUAUCAGCACAAUUUGGGUAACCUGUGUCUUUAAAGUUUUACUCUUGGCUUACAGCUACUUUUGUUUUCUUUUAUGGUUGCCAAAUUGCCUUUUAGUUUACAAAAUAGUUUUAUUUAUGAAGCUACAAGAAUGCUUAUGGUAAAAAAUGAAACUUGCACAUGCCUUCUACCACCUUAUUCUGAAAUGAUUCAAUAGUUUAAAAUAAUUGUGUAAAAUUAAGUUAUUUAUUUUUGUAACAAACUUAUAAACAGGAUCACAAGAAACUGAUGGAAGAGCUUGGGCAACUGGAAAGACAUGACCGUCAAAGACGACAAGAAGCUGUUGCUAAAAUCCCAGUAAGGGUUCUUUUCUCAUCCUCUCAGCUCAAGGUGUCUUUUCUAAGACAUCCUGUACUGUCAAUGUUCUCAUUAUGGACACAUCUAUAAGAUGUCUAAUGUUGCAGAUUGAGUCAAUGUUCUCAUUAUGGACACCUCUAUAAGAUGUCUAAUGUUGCAGAUUGAAAUUAAAUUCAAGAUAAAAUUUUUUUAUCCUACAGUACUGCUCAAAAGUAAGUUGAUAGUUUCAAUUUAAUCCUUGAAAAUCAAUUCUUGAGUCCGGAAACUCAAAUGAAUGGAGUUUGCGAGAGAUUCUAGGUUUAAGAAUCAAGGCUCGAGUAUUUAGAAACCAGCAUUUUGAACUGCAAUAUUUGUCACUCAAACGGAUUUCAAGAAAACAAUUUACUUCCCAAGCAAUAGAAAAUAUUCCAUUUGCAGAUUCUCUUCAGUGGUUCGCAGCAUUUGUCAGUGCUUACAUUUACAAUUUAAACAAAGCAAAGUUUUCUUUGGCAAUAAAAAAAGAGUAAUGAAAGAUUUUUAUCUUGAAUUAAUUUUUGCAAAAUUGACUGGUUUUUUUUGUAUAAAGUCUUUUCUUUUGAAUGAAAAAAAAGUAAAUGAUACAUGAUAUCAAUUUCCUUUGUUGCCUAGCCUGGCGGAGUUGUCUGCAGUUAUACUCUAAUAAAUAUUUGUAAGUUUACUUUAAUAUCUCCUUAUUUUCCUGGAAGCUUUGUAUUCUGGUCUCAUUCAAAUUCUUUGUCCUUGUUAUGGCCCAUGUGUUCCUACACAGCUUUUUUAAACAACAAUCAUAAUUCCAAACUGUAGGUUUAACAAAUAGAGAACAAUAAAAUUUAUCUGCGUAGUCUAUACUCUCAUAGACUUUAGCUCUUGACCAACUAGAGCUGAGACGUUGCAGUUAUUUUAAAGUACAGAUUAAGCUCUUGUAAAUUUUCUUUGAAUUUAUGGCUUCAGAUAGUUGUGCAUUUUGCAUUUGGGCCAUAAAUUUGAGAGAAAAAAACACUCAGCCUGUAACCACCUUGAUUUUUGUGCCAGUUAGUAGUAUUUGUAUAGGUAAUAGCAUGAUUUGUAGUGAUAUUUGGCAUAAACACCACAAGUGAUAUUUCGAAUUAUACGUAAUUUCACGAGCCAAAUAUUAGGCAAGUGAAAUUUGAAACAAUUUUGAAAUAUCACAAGUGGUAUUUAUGCCAAAUCUGACGUACAAAUCAUGCUAGUAUAUGUUUAUACUACUACCCGCACAAGGUUUGUAAUUUUCACAUGUACUGUAUUUCAAAUUAAGCUGAAAUAUCACUGCUCUAAGCCAAUCAAAUUGCAGAAAUUUCUCAUGCGGUAGUAUAAAAGUUUGUUAUUGAUUGCUUGUGUUAGGUACGCAUCUUUCAGCCACCUCACAAACGUUUGGAAGAUGCAGAAGACCGACAGAGAGACUUAGAACAAGCGUUUGAAGACAUGUAUAUGAUGCAGACAGGUUAGAAUUCAGUUUUCACUUGAUCCCAGUAAAUUUGCUUUUUGUUUGGCUGUGUUUGGCUUCACUUAUUUAUUUUGAAUAAGACCAUCUGGUUAUCUUCAAAAUUAUUUGGUAGCAUAAAAUACGUACUGUAAUAUUAUAGACUAUGAUAAGUUUGGCUUGGAAUUGGUAAAAAAAAAUUUAAAACAUCCAAAUGAAUAAGCAGCACCUAUCCAUUAAGCCUUGGUACUUUUUUGUAAAAAGCAGCCAAAAGUUAGACUUGAGGUGGAUUUCCACACUGUCUUGUAAUUUUUACUUGUGUAUACUCGUCAGUAGAGGAAAUGUAUGAGAGGUUGGGCGUACAAGUUGAAACUCGAUCAGGUUUACGUUUGAUACAUUGCUUCUAUUUUAUUUAUACACAUAAAAGUGAUGUGGGUACGCAAAAAAAAAAUGCAAUGGUGGACAUCGACCUUUAAGCCCUUUAUUGUGCUUGGUCCUUAAACAAUAUUAUUAAUAAAGCUUCAGUGAAGGACAGCUGUAUAAAUAAGUUGUACACAAUAGAGUAAAUGUAUGAGAGGUCAGGCAUACAUGUUAAAGUUGAAGUUCAAUCAGGUUUACGUUUGAUACAUUGCCUCUAUUUUAUUUAUGCGCAUAAAAGUUAUGUGGGUACGUAAAAAAAAAUGCAAUGGUGGACAUCGACCUUUAGUCCCUUUAUUCUGCUUGGUCCUUAAACAAUAUUAUUAAUAAAGCUUCAGUGAAGUACAACUGUAUACAUUAGUGGUUCACAUUAGUGAUUAGCCUGUGAGUACAGCCAUUUCUCCUAGCUCCUCGCCACCAGGGACGUUUCGCCAGGAGGAACAUCUGCAACUCAGCAACAGAAAUUCCAUACUGACUUUUGGAAAGCCUCCUGAGUGUAUGAAUUCUCUGUCUGCAGGUUACACAGGUGAUUUGACUNUUUCGCCAGGAGGAACAUCUGCAACUCAGCAACAGAAAUUCCAUACUGACUUUUGGAAAGCCUCCUGAGUGUAUGAAUUCUCUGUCUGCAGGUUACACAGGUGAUUUGACUGUUGCUCUUGAGCCCCCUGAGAAUUUGAUGACAGCAGUAUCAGAAGACAGUGCUACCUCAGGUAGUUAUUAUGAUCGUUUAGUCAGACUGGUUUUCUUCUAGUUAGUUGCAAUAAUAACAGUUACUGAUUAAGAGUCUUCAUAGCCAAUGACAUCACGGCUUAACUGACAGACGACCAAUAACAUCGCGAUGUAAUUGACCAAUCAGAUUUAUAACCAGAGUAUAAUACCAUCAACUGACGGGAUACAACUCACUUUGACUCUGAAGAUGACUACCGCACAGGUUGUCGAAACGUCAGUCACUGUCAACAACAACAGUCCUAUUCAGGACUACGUUCUCCCGAACAAUCAAACUCAACCUACUUUUGUAAUGACUCAUGGGUUCAAACCUUUGAUAACAACAACGACUUGUUUGUUUCUAAAAUGUACAUAAGCCUGGGAGCUCAGACGUACUGUAAAUCCGCUAUUAAACCUCUUCUCAAAUAAGCCCUCCUCUCUUUUAAGCCUCCCGCCACUCCUCCCUCUUUUUAUUUUUCCCUUCACUGUAUUAAUCAAACACGACUAUAAAACGUCAUAUGGAUUGAGGAUGGUUUUUUCCCCAACUGGCAGCUCAGAUUUGUUAAUGAUCCUUGGCUGCAAUUUGACCUCCAACUUCUUGUACUUGAGCUUUUCCACUUCGUAUUCUAGUUCUUUUGGCAGAACUGAUACCAUCAUCUUUGCUAAAUUAAAUACCACCCCCUACCCCCACCCCCAGGAGGGGUAUGAUAGAGGAUUUAUGGUAUUUCAGUAGGGUUAUGCAAGAGGCUCAAAAGGCUCCCUUUGUCAGGAUUCUUUUUGCAUGCAUUCCUUUGAGCCACUUAAGACUUAAAGUACACAUUUGUAAGAAAUUGUUCAAAUAAUCCAAUCGGACAAUGUAGUAAUAUUGCUCUUUUUUUUAAAAUGCAGCCUCAGAUAUUGAUAGAAGGUCUGUGGAAUCUGACGAGGCUAGAGGGGUAUGUCUAUUUUCUACGUUCAAACCACCACAUAUAUUACCAUCAUAAAAAUGUUAAAAAUACUUUCAGGAAAUAAAAUUAUCAGCUGUAGCACCGUGGGCUUAUGUGCGUAUUUGGACGUUACGCUCCUGGCCCUCAUUUCACGCACAUAACUUUCUAAAUCAAUCAUUACACCUUGGAGAUUAAUAAUAAAAAUAAUAAUGAAUUCAGGAGUAACAGUUCAGUUAACUGUAAUAACAGGCCCCAUCUGCUGUUCGUCAAGGGAGGAGACAAGAAAGUGGUGGGCAUAGGAGUGAACCAGAAAAGGAGCCUGAAGAAGCGCUCCCUCGAGACAAUGUCCCGAAAGCUCAGACUGAAGGUACUAGGUAUAAAUAGGUGUAUAACGCUGUAUUAAAAAAGUAGGAUUCUCAAACUCUGAAUGGAUUGUUACAAUCUGAUAGCAUGCUGUGGUAUUUUGACAUGGCAGUUAAAACUGACUUGUUUUAUUUAAUUUGGUAUGACACUGUCCUUGAGUGAAUUGGAAAAUAACCCGGUCAUCAAGUGUUUUAUAAUGUGGUGUCUGCCAGUUGCGUGACCAAAUUUUAUCCAAGCUCAUGUGUGUCGUAAUCUGUACAGGCCCUGGAAUGAUCCCAGCCCCCGAAAUGAUCCCAGCCCCCGAAAUGAUCCCCAGCCCUGGAAUGGUCCCCUAAUGGGAUUAGUAAAUUCAUUUUGCAGCUUCUAAAAUCCCUAGCUUCAGUAGUCAUUCCAAGAAUGACCCAGGGAUCAUUUCUUCAUCGGGGCGGACGAAAAAGGAGAUCAAAACGAUGUUGGGAUCAUACCUUGUUUAGUUUAUGUGUUUUGGAGCCACAAAUAUCAAUUUUAGUUAUUGCAUAAACCUGUCUAGUUUAAAGCAGUUUAAUGGUGAACCAGCAGCAUAUUUCAUGAUUUAAAAUAAGGUGUAGAAGUUAACUAAGCUAGUCCUGAGACGAGGUGGCACUUAGAUGGUGUGACCAUCGUUGACCCUAUCUACUUGAAGUGCCUGAUGCGACAGAGGGCUGACCUUGUCAUUGAAAUUUCUUGAUCUGCAGAUCCGUUGAGACGUUUGCUACAGAGGAUUGAGAGGCAGCGUUACCAGUGGAAAAGAAGACAGCUGAUAGAAGAACCUCAACCAACAGCAGCUGCAUCCACAGGUAAAUUAUUUGAGCGAAUUUCAUUUAAAAGGGGUAUAGAGUGACUCUGCCAUAGCCACACCCCGUGAAUGUGACCAUCCCCCUUAUCACAAGCACUUUUUUUGUGUUUCGAAAUUUUACCUCUUUACUAUGACUAGUUGAAUUUUUUAUGAGAAUAAAUAAAUAAAAAAACAGUAAAGCUUUUUUCGAAGCUGUUCUAAGUACGUUAAGGUCCGCUUUAGAGGUAUUUGUGAUAUCCAACAGAUUGAUAGCCAGAAUUAAACUUUAUUUGUCAUCACAUACUUCCGAAAUGUAAAGAUAUGUAUAUAUAUUUCUGUAUCACAAAGCGCCACUAUUUUGUUAAUUUGACCAGUUUUUUACGACCCAAUCAGUUUCCUUUGAAUGCUGAAUAACCAAUGAAAAUGGGAUAGCGUCCCCAAAACAUUCUAAUGAUACAAUUCGACACAAUACAAACCCGUUCCCUAGCAAAACCUACUGAAACCUACAGAUAUGUUAGAUGUGUCAAGCAGAUAAUUCAGAAAUUUAAAACUUGAGUGCGAUUUGCAUAGCUUUACUAAAGUACCCGUAAAUUUUCUAUUAUGCUCGGGGGGUGGGGCAGGGGGGCUGCGGCUUUUCAAGCACGUUUGUUUGUGUCCUUUGCGUCCUACUUUUCUACUAUUUUGUUCCAUACCCUAUUUUCAGAUGAUCUAUUAAGUCUUGCCUAUAGGAGGAAAAGGAAAUUAUUAGUUUUAUUUCAUCUUGCAGAUAUUCCUCGCACUUUGCCUUCAACAAAGCCUUCAUCAGAAGAGCAAGGAUACAGGUAGAUCAUAUAUUUUCAGAUGAAUGUUUUCUAUUAAAGGGUUCUUUUAUCAUAACGUGGCUGUUGAACCUCUAUAAUUGGUUUUAUGGAUUCGCUGUUAGUUUACUGACAUUGCGAGAAACAAGGUCAAACUUGAAUUACACAGUCAAUAGCUCAAGUCCCGAUUUUCCACCUCCUUUAAAAAUAAUCCUGCUUUUACCUUCUUACAUUUGCAAAAGAGUUCCAGAAACCAUUCCUUUCUCCACCUCUCCUGAAAGCCUGGCAGAAGCGGAAUUAUCUGGCGAGGAAGCAGAUGGCAGAGAGCAUGCUGUCGAUGCGGCAGAUGAACCACGCCCUGAGGACAUGCUCGGACCUGUCGUCAGUGACGCACCCCACCCGCCUAUGGACGGCAUUAGGACGCUUCUCCAUCCCCUGGAAGCUGCCCAGAGGUCGCGCACUACUACGCCCUCGGAAAGAGCAGUAUGUAUCUCUUAGAGAGGGGAGGGGAGGGUGAGAUAUGUCACCGUUUGAGCAGGUUUCCGCAAGUUGUUAGUUUUGAAAGGAAUGAUUUCUCAUCGAUCCUCCUAAUUUAUUUUAUCUUAUUUAUUAAUUUAUUUACUCCACCACUUCGUAAGUAGGAUCACAGCAUGACGUGCGGAUGAGAUAAAAUUCAUAGUACCAUAAUUACAAACACUUUCACAAAUAAUGGUAACAGGACUGAGUGGAUUCCAAUUCGGUCUGUAAUCAUACGAGUGAUAAACAAAAUUGGACAACUGCGUAGCUGGAGGCUGAUUUGUUUAAAUUGGACGACACGAAGUUCUGUCACUUAUAAUAAUUAUAACUAUAACAAAAUUUGUGAUAUUUUAGUUUUUUUUUCUAGUUAAAGGUACGGAAACUUUGAAACGGACAACAAGAAACGUGCAACUUGUCUUGCAACAUUGCUGCAAAUGGAGUUGAAUAGCAAUGUUGCGCGUUUUACCACUCACAUCAAACCUGUCUUACAACAAAUCAGGUUGUUAACAGGUUUGAUGUGGGUGGUAAAACGCGCAACAUCGCUAUUCAACUCGUUUUGCAGCAAUGUUGCAAGACAAGUUGCAGAUUUUUUGUUGCCCGUUUUUCCGUACCUUAAAACACAAGAAAUUCCGAGAGUUUUCUUGCUAGCAGUGAAAAAAUAAAGCCAUUUGAGCAUGCGCGUGCAUGUAAUGGCACGUACUUAGGCAUGACGCGUACUGCCCUAUUAGUUCUGAAAUCAGGAAGGUUGAUAGCCAAUCAGAUUUGAGAAUUUUGUUAUAGUUAUCAUUAAAUAGGUGAUAUAGGAUGGUCAAAACAGUGAGUGGUGAGGAGACCUCAGAACGGCAAAAGCUUGUACAAAAAGGUCUUACUUAAUGCGAUCUUAAACAUCAUUCUAGAUUAUAGACAAACUUUGCCAAUAGAUGUGUCACAAAGCAUGUGAAAGGCUUGUUUGUUUAUUCGAUAAAUUUGUUCACAGGUUACCCAUCAGGAGGCGCUUCUUGAGCAACAAAAACUCAAGUUAAAACUGCAGCAGCAAACCCUCCUGCAGCAACAACUGGAACAACAAAUUCAGGACUAUCAACGGCAGCUAGCUGAUAUAUAUGGAACAACUGGGGCACCAGCAGGACCCUUACCGUCACGGACUCUCCGGGCCCCUGAUGAGCAUAUGCCCCUGGAGGAACCAUUUCCUAGUGGAGCCCCUUAUGAAGGAGUUGCGUCUCUUGAGGACUUUGUAAGUGAAGCGUUGUUUCCUUGAUGUUGUUGCAGUCGUUGCUAUGAUAUGGCAACAGCACCUAAGCGAUAAUCGCGAUAAUGAUCGCUAGACGCGUUUAAAAUGAAAGCAGUCUCUUUUCAGUCUUGAAACCAGUCAAGCUUGUUCCUCCAUUCAAGGGACACAAACUUUGCUCCCCAACGUUGUUCAUCUGAGGGCGCUUUCCAUUUGUCAGAACUGGCCGGCCGGACCAUGGCCGGACCAGUCUGUUUGAAAAUGAAACAGGCUUUUUCCAAGAGUUUUUGCUAAAAAUCCCAUUUCCUUCGUGCAUAUUAGGGACCUUAAGAUCCGACGACGGCAACAGCAACGAGAACGUCAAAAAAGCAAUAGGUUUAAUAACCAAAACAACAAUUUUGCGCGUGCAUCACGCUUUUUUGUACAAUCUUUGCCGUCGCUGCACGACUAUGACGUGAAAAUGCCUAAUUUCACGUGUUACAGAAGAAGAACACAAGCGACGACGAAAUUUCCUCUCUCUUUCUGAAUUUGAAUAUGGUUCUUUGGAAUUCAACCGACUUUAGGAGGGUUCACCUACAUUAGUGACUUGGAGUAACUGGGAUGAAGACUGAAAGAACACGAAUUCACUUUUUCAGCGACGUUUUCGCUGCCCUCACCGUCCUUGAAUCUUAAGGUCCCCACUAUUUAGGAUUUGACUGAUCUGGCUAGAUAGUUUUGAUUAAAAGGGAGAUUAUCAUUGCAACGGGAAUGGUCUGGCCGGUCAGUUCUGACAAAUGGAAAGCGUACUAGUUAUCUCUAUUGAAGGGAUCUCUCUAUUUAGGAGACACUUGUCCUGGACCCGUCGGUGUCCCCUGAAUGGAGGUUCCACAAUAUAGUCUUUGUAUCAGUUACGUCUGUUAAAGGGUCACCUAUAUUCUGGGGACUUUUGUCCAAGUUCCUCGAAUGGGGGAUCUAUUGUAGUAAAGACAGAGCAAAGCAGCCAUCCCAAACUGAGAGAAACUAGGAACAAGAAAGAUCUCAGUCUGAAAUCCUGAAAGAAGCAUGGGUUGUGAUGACUAGCUUGUGGUUCCUGAAGUGAUAAUUGGUUCCCUAAAUUAUUGGCGAAUUUGGUUGAUUUUUUCUCAGGGAACAAGAAGUGGACAGACCUCUCAGGCACUGCCGACUGUGGUCCCUACCAUCACAUCACACGAGGGGUCCCCACUGAUGUCGGACGUUCUUGAGUCAUCAACCCUCAGCAGUGCAACAUCGAAUGAAACGGAAGCUGCUCUUCCCUCAGAAUUUGAAAGGACACUGGCGGCGGCCCGAGCUACUGCAGACAGGGCAGCUGAAAUGCGUCAAAGGGAGAGGGACGUCUUGCAGGAGCUCAGUCGAGCAGCACUGGAAGAUGUGCCAUUGAGCAGCCACACCCAUUCAGAGAGGGACGCUUCCCCUAGAAGCACUCCGACUCUUCAAUCCCAGGAGCUUGUCAACAUAUCAACUCCUUCCACUCUUUCAUUAAGCGUCACAUUGUCCUCUGACCUUAGCGUGACAGCUGCUGCGUCACACACUGUGACAUCUCGUUUCUCUGAUCAUGCUCUUCAUUCAAGUUCUCAGCCACGUAGAAUUCCUUUCCCUAACGUUGGUGACACAGCCAGCGUUACAGCUACAACAUCAUUGCUUACGAAGACUUCACAGUAUCUCGGGCUUUCUCGAGAGCCUUCGUCAAACAUUCGCUCUUUCCCUGUCCUGACUUCGGGAUCCGACGUUCAAACUCGUUUCUCAGUUGUUACGCCUUCUUCAGUAUCUAGCAUUCGAGCAGUAACAGAGCCUUCUCGGGUUAAUCCAUUAACGUUUGCACCUACAAGUCUAUCAGGAGAAGCGACAGCAGUUUCACAUUCCUCUGCUUCUCAGCUGGCCAGUCCGGUUUAUUCCACCGGAUAUUUGGACUACUAUAAGCAAAAAAUAGAGGAGGAACGCCAGCUUUUUGAAGCCCAAAGAAAACGAAUCCGGCGAUACAGUGACAAGUUUAAGAGCUCCUCCUACGAAAGUCCAGGAUCUCAAACAUAUAAGGCCCCAGUGAUAUCAAGCACAAAUGCUCCACAGUCAGAGCCCCAUUUAAGCUCGCCAUUUUUAUCAAACCUGCGGGGUGAUGACGCAGGGGUGCUUGGUUUGGACCAAAACAAAGAAAAUCAAGGCUUAAUCGCAAAUUCUGUAGGGAUAAGAGGACAAGACAGAUUACGGGACAUUUCUCAGAGACUGAACACAUUAGAAAAGACACUGACCACAAAUAGCAGUUCAAUCGCGGUCACUUCAGCGAGCUAUACUUCGAAGCCUGGAUCUACAAGCGGAUGGAGCUACGGGUCCAGUACAGAGUACUUAUCGCUUCCACGUAACACUGCUGGUCGACAUUUCCUAGGUAGCGCAGGCUCAACGUUGUCUUCUUUGUCAGAGUUGACGGAAAUGAUGACGAGGUUGACAUCUACGAGUGACGAAUCUGACGAUAAAUCCCUCAGGGCCGGAGCCAGAAGUGGUCCAUUAUCCGUGAUGUCAAAAGGGCCCCUGGAUGUUGCACAUUCGCACGCCCCUAAAGAACCAAGCGCUGAAUUUUCCAGUGCUAAUGGGCCUGCUGGAAUCCUAUCAGGGUCACGUUGGACGAGGGGCUCAGAUGGAAAACCAUGGUAUGUGCUGUCACGAUCAAGCACCUUGCCUUCUGCGGGAACGUUAGGUAGGGACGCUGUACUCCCUGAGAUGGAAGAAGAGGACAAUGUUUUUCCAGAGGUCACAGGCUAUAAAAGUAAGUCCUUUUGA